AUCAUAUAGGCCUCUUAAGAAUUCUACACUUCAUUUUGUUCCCCUUUCAUAUAUAGGAUUAAUCCGUCGCCUGAUGAAUACUCAAUAACCAUAUUCUUCCAAGAAGAAUUUACAUCGUAUUGGAAAUGAGCCAAUUACUCUUGGGGAAAGCAGCUAUCGUAACCGGAGGGUCGCGAGGCUUGGGAGCAGAAAUUGCAGUUCAACUUGCAAAACACGGGGCAAAUGUCCUCAUCUCGUACAACAAAGCACAAGAAGAGGCCGAAAAGGUUGCUCAGACAAUUCGACAACUAGGUCAACAAGCUGUUAUUGUUCAAGGCGGUAGUAUGGACCGAGAAACUCCAACGCGAAUUGUCCAGACUGCUGUGGAAAAUUACGGAAAGAUCGAUAUCAUCAUAAACAAUGCCGGAGUUGGUGAUGAUUGUUUGCUAAAGGAUAUAUCGCAUGAUUUCUGGGAUCUAGUGUAUGAUACCAACGUGCGCAUGCCAGCCUUCCUGUUGAAAGCUGCCUUGCCUUUUCUCGGUCUUGCACCACGAAUCGUCAAUAUCUCAAGUAUUGCUGCACGAGCAGCAUAUGAGGCUACCUCGGUAUACUCAUCAUCCAAGGCUGCAUUGGAGGGCCUUACACGUUCAUGGGCGAUUGAGCUCGGCCACAAAUACAAUGCGACGAUCAACUGUGUCAACCCUGGGCCAAUCGCGACAGACAUGAUGGCUGAGGCGCACCCAAAUGCCAUGGAUUUCUGGAAUGCCAAAGUCAAGGAAACUCCAGCGUCACCAAGAAUGGGAACGGUUGACGAUGUUACUCAGAUUGUUAUUUUUCUAUGUGAGGAUCGGAGUCGCUGGUGCACAGGCAGCGUGAUUAAUGCUAAUGGAGGAUUGGUUCCUGUUUGAUUCAUAGUAAAGAAAUGAGACCUUGAAUACAAAUCGAUCUUUUCAUACAUAGGC